AUGUCGCACGUUUGUGUUGAAGCUGCAGAAGCUACAAGCAGGUUUAUCUUCGAUGGACUGUCUCUCGUGAACUUCUUCGACUCUCAAUUCCCCGGUAAAGAUGCUGGUGGCACUAGCCUCAAAAUCAAAGCUGGUCUUGCUGAUCCUGGCAACGACGAAGACAGUCUCAGGUUUUACUACAGCAAGGAAAAGGCUGGAACGUAUCAAGACACCGGCAAAGACUAUAUCCCUUCGUGCACCGGGCUUGACGAAGAUGUCUCGAACGAUAUCGUGAACGCAACGCUCAAGUUCAGCCUUGGUGCGUAUGGCAAGGACGUCACAUCAAUUGGUGACAAAGAGGUGGUAAUCACCAACGCAGCGAAGCCCGCCAAGCGAAGCAUCCCCAAACGCCCUAUGUGGAUGCACGAACAUCUCAUCGUCUCCAACUGGACCAGCCAAACGGCCCCAGAACUCUGCGACUCAGCCAUGUCCUGGGGCCUCGACUUCGUUGAAUCUGACGGCCAGUUCUGCGAUAUGGCCACGAAGACCCUUACUCCACUUUGUUCAUCCGAGACCGUCGGCAGCUCGGACUGCGUCGAUGUUGACGAGGAGGCCGUCAGCGUGGUGAAGCGCACCAGCGUUGCAAGGCGGGCCGCGAAGGUUACGCACAAGUCUUACAAGAAGAUUCAGAAGUGGAAUCCAGCCCAUUCUAACUUCGCGCACGAUGAUUGGCUCUCAUUCCCACUGGCACCUUUCCUUGGGGAGAUCUUGGCGCUCUACCAAGAUGGAUAA